CGUGUACCGGAGAUCAGCCUGCAGUGCAGCCAUCUUACCGCACGGUGGCGCAUGAGACGCUCAGACGGUGCCUCCUCGUGCUCCGCCCCCUUGGGUGACGUCAUGAUGUUUGUCCAGCGCCUGGGCCCGGGGUGAGCACGACAGGAGAAGCGGCUGAUACCGGAGGAGUCUACAGGACAAGAUGCCGUCCGAGCGGCCCUUCAAACACAGGAGGAGCUUCGCUGAGAGAUGCGCCGAGGUUCGUCAGAUCCGGGAGCAACAUCCCAAUAAAAUCCCGGUCAUUAUUGAGAGAUAUAAGGGAGAGAAGCAGCUCCCCGUCCUGGAUAAAACCAAAUUCUUGGUCCCGGAUCACGUGAAUAUGAGCGAGCUGGUGAAGAUCAUCAGGCGCCGACUUCAGCUGAACCCGACACAGGCCUUCUUCUUGCUGGUGAACCAGAGGAGCAUGGUCAGUGUAUCCUCCGCCAUCUUGGAUAUCUACGAGCAGGAGAAAGAUGAAGACGGUUUCCUGUACAUGGUCUACGCCUCCCAGGAAACCUUCGGUUAACAAUGUUGCGCGUGCGCACGGAUGUACUGACACGUAGUAAACCCCUGUGUGCACUGACACUAACGUUUGAACACUUUUCUUCACCCUGUUGCACUCGCUUAUUUACUCUCCCGUACGGUUACAUGGACAUUCCACGUCUUUAUAUCUGUGCUAAUCCUUAUGUGCUCCCAUAACCUGAACUCAUAGUUAGGCGCUCCCCUGCAUGUGCUAAGGCUUCCGCCUCAUUCACCCCACACUUAAGUCUUAUCCGCUAUCAUUAGGUUGGGGGGGUAGAAGCAGACUUGAAGUGACGCAUAUUAUCAGUACGGCCCCUCGGCUUGUGACGUCUUCUCGCCAUGUGUCUUGUGGAUUUGAGUGGCCGCCCUUUGACCGAUCCAUUACCCGCCAUUUUUAACAUACAUGUUCCAAGCCGCCAUUAAAUUGGCUUUUUUUUUCUUCUCCCCGACCCCUUUUUCUCUUAUGGGUUUUUCUUUGGUGUGAACAUAUUACAGCCUGAUAGAGGAUGAUGUGUAAAAAAAAAAAGUACAGGAACAGCUAUAGCUUCUGGUAUUUGUAGUUGAGAUAAGAGGGAAGCCUUGACUUAACUUUCAGGGACAGUAUGGAUCAUCAGGAAAAGGCAGACAGGCUAAAGGCUACUGAGAUGAGGGAAGCCUUGAUUUACCUUUCACGAAUAGCAUGGCUCCUCUGGAGGAGGCAGACAGGCCAAAGGCUGCUGAGAUGAGAGGGAAGCCUUGAUUUACUUUUCAGGGACAGUGUGGAUCCUUUAGAGGAGGCAGACAGGCUCAAGGAUGUCCCAGAGUGCUUAGAGUUGCUGUUUUGCAACAGCUGGAGGCAUACUGGUUGGAAAACACUGAGGUAGGAGUUAGAUGGCGCAUUAUAUAUAUUUUCACAAGGACCCUGAAUAUAUAUAUAUAUAUAUAUUUAUUCAGGGUCCUUGUGAAAAGAAAUGGCAGAUAUGCUACGAUUACCACUAUCCUCCUUUGGGGUGGGGCAUUAUUUCCUGGUAACAGGCAGAUAGGGGAGCUCAGUGUUAUAGGAAGUUUAUACCAAAUAGUGUGUCUCCAGCUGUUGCAAAACUACAACUCCCAGCAUGCCCGGACAGCCAAAGGCUGUCCGGGCAUACUGGGAGUUGUAGUUUUGCAACAGCUGGAGGCCCACAGCUUGACCACUGCACUAAGGACUGAGAUGAGAGGCAAGCCUUGAUUUACCUUUUAGGGACAGUGUAGAUCCUCUGGAGGAGGCAGACAUAAAUCCUUGAUUUACCUUUACAGGACAGUGUGAAUCCUUAAGAAGAGGCAGACAGGCAUGCUGGAAGUUGUAGUUUUGCAACAGCUGAAAACACUGGCAUUACUGCACCACUAUGCGUGCCAGUAACAUCACGACCGAUUCACAGAUGCACGCCAGGGAUCAAACCCCCCCCCCCAAAUCCCAUUGUAUAUUGCUAUUUUAUGUUUAAAACUCAAAUGGUUUAUUUUCCAUGGUUAAAACCAUUGACAAACCUUUCUAGGGGCAAACGCUAGUAGAUUUGUACAGGUUCUCGGCCGUCCCGUUAUGUACUCGUUUUAUGUUUUUUAGCUUUGUUUCUUUUAUCCGUUGUUUUGCGGUUAUUUCCUGUUCUUUUAUGUAUGAGAUAUAUAAACGCUGAGUGACGUUAUAACCAGACUCUCUUCUGAAAUCCUGCAAAUUGUAAAAAAUUAAAACGAAACAAAAAAAAAAAUCUAUGUAUAAAAGCUGAUGUGUAUAUAAAGAGGGAUGUUCCAUAUGUAUAAAGAUGAAUAAAAAUAACCAAUGUA